CCCUGCCGAGCAGCCCCAGCAGGUUCCGGUACAUAUUCUCACCGCGAUGUUUUUAGCGCAAAGACGACGGACGAAACAAAGUUGGAAAACAAAAACAAAAGUCAACCAGGAAGUGGGAGCGUGCCAAAAUAGCGCGUGCGAGCGGCCGACGGUCCACGUUUUCCUGGGGGCGCCGCGGGCCCGGCCCGACGACGACGGCGGCUCACGGAGGGGGCCGGCCCCGCGCCGGCGACGGCUGGAGCUCACCUGGCGGGAAGGCCGCCUCGUCCCCGCAAACGGUGAAGAAGAAGAAAGCAUCCAGGAGGCCAAACGCUCACGUCAGGAUUCUUUCGCGUCGAGGAGUCAUCCAAGCGCAGAGUCGCCGCAACGCUCACAACAUCCUUACCCUGCCGAUCAAGCGGAAGCGCAGUUGUCCCUCCGGAGCCGCGACCUCUCCGCCCGGACUCCGACCCGAGCCGUAAUCCUCCGAGGUGUCGGGUCGGUCGGACGCGCGCCGGAGCUCUUCAGUGCGACGACCUCUUCCGACGAGCUCUCGGGUGGAUGGAGACAAUCUUCGGGCCGCUCUCCCGUGGCCGGGCGGGCGGAGCGAGGAGGGGUCGUCCCGGAGGCCGCCUCGGACGGCAUCCUGCGCUCACAGGAGGCGGAGCGUCGCGCCUCCGGGCCGUGCUCGAAAAGAACUGGACUGCGCCAGGGCGGCCCGCGUGACGACCGGUGCGGUUCUUCCGCCACGCUGCUGGGCCACUGUGCUGACGCGACGACUCUCUACCGGGUUCUGGUUGCUGUGGUUCAUCCCUGUCAUUUGAAGGAAAUCAAGGUGAAGCGAGGCCCUUCCGCCGGGUCCUCGGUGCCCCUGGCCAGCCUGGUGGUGACGGACCAGUCGGGCGUCGACGUGACGGUGGCGCUGUGGCGACGGGCGGCGUUCUGGGCGGCCGCCGUGGACGUCGGCGAUGUUGUCUUCAUCACAGGCCUGCAGCUGAGCAAGGACGGCUGGAGCGGAGAGAAGAUCUUGAAGUCCACCUUCAGCAGCAAACUGCUCAACCUGGGUCACGUGGGUGCCCCCAUCUGCCCCCCAGGUGGUCGGCACGGAGCCGCCGUCUCGGCCCUCAGCGCCUUCCUCGGACGCCGGCGGCCACCGCUCUUGUCCGCGCCCCGUCGCCGCCCCCGGGAUCUGAAGCGCGUGCCCUACGCCCCCCUGUGGCCGUGCAGGGUCAACACGCUGAUCCACGCCCUAGUGCGUGUCAAACACGCGUACGUCGGCAAGGAGUGGCAAGAGGAGGCGGAGUCCCGCCGCAGGUGCGCUCUGGAGCGUCACGCGGUCGCGAGCGUGGAAGGGGCCGGCGGCCAGCGGGGGGCGCUGCUGCUGCGGGGUUCGGCUCUGGAGUGGCUCGCGCGCUUCAGGACCCAUCGAGACGCCGUGUGGGACAUCCGCUUCCUUUUGGUCAGGGAGGGCUCGAACGCCGACUUCCCCGAGCUUCACACCACCCCCUGGAGCGCCGCCCGCCGAGCGGACGGCGCCGACCGCCGGCUCGGCGGCUUCCUGCGCCCCGGCGAAAGCGCUGUGGAGAUGGAUGUGGACACGCUGCUGUCCCAGCAAUAUUCAGGCGAGGCGUCGCUCAGGGUGGAGGUCCUCGCCUUCGGCUUUCAGCCCUCCCACGACGCGCCGCGGGCGAGCCUGGACCGCGCCUCGCCACCCGCGGCCAUCCUGGCGGCACUUAGCGAAGACGUGACGUACUCGGGCUGCGGCCGCUGCUCCGCCGAACUGGACGCCGACGCUAACGGGAUUUACGCUCCGUGCUACCCGUGCCUGCCUGCCGGCGGCGUGCGCCGCUACUACAGGCCGGCCGUGUUGACGGUGAGCGGGCGGGGCGGCGUGCGGGUCUGCAUUCAGGUUCCCGCUGUGGCCGUGCAGAAGAUUGUGGAUGUGCCGCCCGACAGGCUGCCGCGGGCAGGCUCCGACGUCAAGUACGUUCAGGUGGCGGCGGAGAGGCUCGGCGACCUCCUGAGGCUUCCCGGAAAAAGCGUCGUCGUCAGCGUCCGCAGCCUCUUCCUGUGCGACGAAAACAGCGCCCCCGUCAGUCAAGAGUUGACGCUGCUCGACCUCCGCGUCGACAGGCGGGCUCGGGUUCCGCUAACGUCACGUUUUUUUGCCGACGGACGGGACGCGGGAGUGCUGACGUUUUCACACUGAACGCGUCGCACGUGACCCGUUUGGAGGCGAACACAUGAAAUGAAUGCCGAAAAAGUCAGGCAGCGCAAUCGUCCCCUCCUCAGUUCAGAAUGGGUUCCCCUCCCGGCCAGUGGAUGGCGGCGCGCAGAAGCCCAAUCUGGGCGACGGGCAGUGGACGGGCUGCCGCAGAUCAAUUGGACUGGAGUUGCGUUGCUCAAUCAUUUCACUUCAAGUGUCUUGUUUGCUUUUUACCUUUCCACUCCUACAUUUAAGUAGCAAGCUCCAAAAAUUGUGUCGCUCGAAACCGCGAUCUCAAAUCAAAUCAAAGCAAAAGUGGAGCAUCCCGUUUGUGCCAAAGUCAUCGACGUGGACCCGUAAGGUCGCUCGGCGUGGCGAAACGGACCGGCCCAAGAUUGCAGGAAAGGUGGCCCGACGGGGAGGACGGGAGGACUUCCCGCCUGCGGUUCUACUUUCCUUGGGACGUUUCUUCUGCCACUUCCAUCAGGUCGGCAAACAAAUCUGACGCCGCACAGCAUAAAGCACAUUGAACAUAUUUGGCUGGACACUUUUGAAGAAACUUCCAUAUUCCAGUGUUUGGCGAGAGCGCAACUUAAGAAUUUGUCAAGUAAAAAAAGCAAAGAGCCCGCACAGGAUGAUUUGGGAUGAAACGGUGGAAGUCGCGCCUUCCCUCUUAGCAAUUGUGUAAUUGUGGCCGCUUCGUUUCGGCUCUUGAACUGCCCGUUUCAUUCUCUCCGUGUCCGUCGACAGUUUUCCGCUCGCCGUGUCUGUCCUCAGCCAUUUUAUUUUUUGCAUUCUCUUGUCUUACGGGGUAAAACGUUUUACAGACAA